UCUGAAUAUUGAAAUUUAAAAUCGAAAUUUAAAACUUUUUAUAUAUACUCCAACUAAAAGGAAAAACGAACUCAACUCACAAUCAAAACGAAUUUCAAACUAAAAUACUCAAAAUCAAAAAUCAAAAAUUCACAAUUUGUUCAAAAUGCUCUGAAAAAUGAGAAAAUAAUAUCGAAAAGAAUAGUUCGGCUAUGAUUGCAACGCUUUUUAUAAUAUUUGAAUUUAUACGCUCGUUUCCAUGGAGAAGAAGGCGUAGAGCGCUGCAACCUCCGCCUCAACACGAACCCCACCAAAUAAAUAACGAAACCUCAACAAAUACAACAAAAGUGCCAAAUAACGACAAUUUAAACGAAUUUUCUGAUAACAGCAACAGAUUACAGAAUAUUAACGAAAAUCCCUCACAGAAACCGAUCGAAAAUCCGCGCAAAUGCUCUUCAGCGCGUCGGAAAUCUUCAAAAUCACUCAAAUACCACGAAGUCACCUUCAGCGGUAGCGUAGGUGGUGGCGAGAGUGAUAACGAAAAUAGUUCAACAAAAAAAUUACGCCGCCAAUCACGUUCCAUAACAAUAAGCCCAUCCAGAGCUACCUCACCGGAAAGUUUAAGUUCACAUUAUCAUUCGCUUAGUAGCCGUAAUCAGCAUAGCCGUGCCUCAACUGAUUACGAGACUUGCGCCUCUGAGUUAUAUAGCAAUUAUAAGUCAGCACAGGAUACACCAACAAUCAGUAGUAGUGAACGCAAAAAUGGUCAAUUAAAACGUUUUCCGCCUAGACGCGCACAUACAAUAGCCACUGAUGACGAUUGCGUAGCAGUACCGCAUGAUAUAGACAACGCAUAUAUUGAAGACGAAGAUAACAACGACGACGACGACAACGAUAUAUACGAUCGUGAUACUGAGGAAUUUUAUAAUAAUAUACAAGACGCUGCUGGCACAUCAGGUAAUCGAAGUAAACGUUCCUCAUUAUUCUCACGUUCAGACUCAUCAGCAACAACGACAUCAUCUAGUGGCGGCACUUUCACCGGCGGCAAAAGACGUUCAACUGCUUCAAUUAUAUCAUCGUCAAUAUGCUCAGAUGUGAUACCCGUCGAUCGGCGUAGUUCAACUACGUCUACAACAGAAUAUAGUGUACGUUCUGCAUCAGGUCGGCGUUCAAGUGGACGUAUACGCCGUUACAUAUCACGCAUGACUAUUGCGGGGGCUAGACGUCGAACCACUGGCAGCUUCGAUGUAGAAAAUGGCCAGGGAGCACGAUCUCCGCUUGAAGGCGGCUCACCAAGCGCCGGUUUGGUUUUACAGAAUCUUCCACAGCGUCGUGAAUCGUUCUUAUAUCGCUCAGAUUCCGACUUUGAAAUGUCACCAAAGUCUAUGUCCAGAAAUUCUAGCAUAGCAAGUGAAAGGUUUAAAGAGCAGGAGGCAUCAAUCUUGAUUGACAGAUCCCAUGGUGAAGAUCUCAUUGUAACUCCAUUUGCCCAAAUUUUGGCCAGUUUACGUUCAGUACGGAAUAAUCUAUUAAGUCUGACAAAUGUUCCAGCUUCAAACAAAUCCAGACGACCAACGCAAUCAUCAACGGUUGGACGUGGUUCAGUGGCCAGUGUACAAUUGGCUCAAGGUGAUGAGGCAUACAAUCGUUUAGCCACCGAUACUAUCGAGGAGUUAGACUGGUGUUUGGAUCAAUUGGAAACCAUACAAACACAUCGCAGUGUAUCAGACAUGGCAUCGUUGAAGUUCAAACGUAUGCUUAACAAAGAACUUUCACACUUUAGUGAAUCAAGCAGAUCCGGCAACCAAAUAUCAGAAUAUAUCUGUUCAACCUUCUUGGACAAACAACAAGAGUUUGAUUUACCUUCAAUGCGUGUAGAAGAAAAUCCGGAACCAAUUUCCGCAUUGCACUCCGUCAGUCGUUCACCGCGCGGUCCGCCCAUGUCACAAAUAUCAGGUGUCAAGCGUCCAUUAUCACAUACAAAUUCAUUUACUGGUGAGCGAUUGCCCACAUUUGGCGUGGAAACACCGCACGAGAAUGCGCUCGGUACAUUGUUGGGCGAUUUGAAUACGUGGGGCAUUGAGAUAUUUAGAAUUGGUGAACUAAGUAACAGUCGACCUCUCACCUGUGUUGCAUACACAAUAUUUCAGAGUAGAGAAUUACUGACCAGUCUUAUGAUACCACCGAAAACUUUUCUUAAUUUUAUGACUACUCUGGAGGACCACUAUGUUAAAGACAAUCCGUUUCACAAUUCACUGCAUGCGGCUGAUGUAACUCAAAGCACGAAUGUAUUACUGAAUACCCCAGCCUUGGAAGGUGUUUUUACUCCAUUAGAAGUGGGCGGUGCAUUAUUUGCCGCUUGUAUACACGAUGUUGAUCAUCCUGGCUUAACUAAUCAAUAUUUAGUUAAUUCAAGCUCUGAAUUAGCUUUAAUGUAUAACGACGAAUCUGUUCUUGAAAACCACCAUUUAGCCGUUGCCUUUAAAUUAUUGCAAAACCAGGGAUGUGAUAUAUUCUGUAAUAUGCAAAAGAAACAACGCCAAACUCUUAGAAAAAUGGUUAUUGAUAUAGUUCUGUCCACUGACAUGUCCAAACACAUGAGCCUUUUGGCUGAUUUGAAAACUAUGGUAGAAACUAAGAAAGUAGCUGGUUCCGGAGUGCUGCUUCUAGACAACUAUACAGAUCGUAUACAGGUGCUCGAAAACCUCGUCCAUUGCGCAGAUUUAAGCAAUCCAACAAAACCAUUACCAUUGUAUAAACGUUGGGUUGCCCUUCUAAUGGAGGAAUUCUUCUUACAAGGUGACAAAGAACGUGAUGCUGGCAUGGAUAUUAGUCCUAUGUGUGAUCGUCAUAAUGCAACUAUUGAGAAAUCACAAGUUGGUUUCAUCGAUUAUAUUGUGCAUCCAUUAUGGGAGACUUGGGCAGAUUUGGUACAUCCCGAUGCACAAGACAUUUUAGAUACGCUUGAAGAGAAUAGAGACUAUUAUCAGAGUAUGAUACCACCAUCACCACCACCAUCCGCAGCAGAUGAACAACCAUCUGAUGAUAAAAUUAGAUUUCAAGUAACACUUGAGGAGUCCGAUCAGGAGAAUCUUGCAGAAGUUGAGGAGUCUGAAGAAAACGAAAAUAAUAAAAACGAUCCGUCGUCUGAUUUAAAGCCGUCGGGGAGUCAAAAUCAGAGCCAUCAUGCUGGAAUGUGACGGAGAGUCGUAGGAAUUUGCAGAAAGUUGACCGAAAAGGCGCAAAACUUUUUAUUGAUACGUUAGUGACAACAAAAAUUUACCAAUAACAGCAACAACAACAAAUACCAAAACAAAAAC